GAUGCUGCUGCCAACGGAACCUGGCUAGAGUUAACUAGAGCCGCCGAUUAUCUCCUGAAGUGUGUUGUGCCAGGCUUGUUGGAUCCGCUGCAAACGGGACUGAAUCCCAUUAAGCCCCGUCUCCUUCAUGGCGAUCUUUGGGCAGGCAACAUUGGGACAGACAAAGAUACUGAUGAAAUCAUGUUCCUCGAUGUCGGUUGUUUCUACGGGCACAAUGAAUUAGACCUCGGAAUGUGGCGACGCUAUGGUUCACAGAAUCUUGGUCAGCAAUACCUGGACGAAUACAAGCAAAUCUUUCCACCCUCUGAACCACAAGCGGGAUUCGACGAUCGGAACAGGCUUUACAGCAUCAAAUUUGAUCUGAACGCUUCUGCUGGUACGCCAAGUGAGAAGAAUAGGAAUACUGCCUUGAACAAUAUGCUCUAUCUUAUCGAGAAGCUCAGUAUGAUUCUAGUCGAAGGCCUGCCUAGAUAUGAUCCAAGGAAAGACCCCUCUGCGGGAUCUGAAUAUAUAUAUGCGAAUAGAUAA